GAGCUCACUGUAAUAUGUGUUCUACGUGAAAUUCAAAGGCAUUCCAAUGCCGACCCAAAAAGAAUAAGAAAAAAAAUCACACUAAUCGUCCCAAACAAAUCGAUAACAUCUUUCCAUGUAAAACAUGAUCCAACCGUCUCGAUUUUUGAGAUUUUGGCUACAUUUUCCAUAUAAAUUACCCCCCUUGUUACCAUACGCAUACAGAAAAAGAUGGCUUCUUCUAAAAUAUUUUAUUCUGUUUUAUUGGGUUAUUUUCUCUUGAUGAGUUCUCUAGUCUUCUUUGGUACCUCUAUAAGAUCGCAUUUAGCAGAAGAUGAUAAAAGUAGUGCAGACUUGAUUUCGAAGACAUGCAGCCACACCCUUUACUACGAAAUAUGCGUAUUUUCUUUAAAAUCAGAUCCCCGCAGCGAAACAGCAGAUGUUCAAGGGCUGGCUGACAUCGCACUUAGUGUUAGUAUAGCAUAUGGAGAAGAAACACUUGCCCACGUUACAGAUUUAAAGUCUAAAGCUACAGAGAAUGAGACUCUCUCUUCCUGCUUAGGUGACUGUGUGCAAGAAUAUAAUGAUGCGGUUGGAGAUCUACAAGAGGCAGCUGAUGCUCUAAAGGUGAAAUCUUUAGAGAAUGUGAAGACAUUAGUCAGCUCAGCAAUGACGGAUUCGGAUACGUGCGAAGAGGGUUUUAAGGAGAUGGAGUUAGGAGAUGGGUCUCCACUUGCAGAUAGAAGCCAGUAUUUCAGCAAGUUGUGUAGUAAUCUUCUGGCGAUUACCCAUCUUUUAAGUUGAUGGAUUGGUGCACGAACCGGAGCUAAAUGGCGUUUUUUUUUCUUUUUUUCUUAUGAAAAUUAGUUGUCCAACAACAUAUUCUCUAGAAAGUAAGGGCAUUUUUUCCUGGAACACUUUAAUUCAAUAGUCAGUUUUGGCUUUGAGCUUUUUUAUUCCUUUCUUUUGAAUGCAUUUAUCUAGACUCAAGAGUACAGAAAGAUUGCAGUUAUCGACACUGACA